AUGUCAACCUCCGCGUUUGACAUCACCGAGAAAAUCGACCGUCUAACUGCUGCAGCGCGCAAUAACCACCAAGCAGCUUUUGCUAGUGAUAAACAUUAUUAUGACCGCCGCCAUCGGGAUGCGGAUUUUCAAGUGGGUGAUAAAGUAUUUGUGGACAAUACAGUGUUGAAGACGUACCCUGAUGCCCAUGAUUCCGACCUCCCCCAAAAAUUGAGAUCAAAAUUCACGGGCCCCUUCUCGAUCACCGAAAAGUCGGACAAUGGCGUUAACUACACUUUAGCUAUGCCUCUGUCCUACAAAGGUGACCACACAUUCCAUGUCAGCCUACUCCGGCUCAAAAAGUCGAUCCCCACUGACACCCUCCAAGCUCCUAUUCCCGAAGUAGGAGCUAAGAAAUACAAAGAUGGCACCCAAUUGUCAAAAUUGUCGCUAUUGUCAGUCACCGUUGUGUCCGUCGUAAGCCCACGAAAGACGAAUGUACCGGCGAAGUAG